AUGUGCAGCGGGCAGCGCGUGCGGACAUGCGGCGGCUUCGGGCGGGCACGACGCACGCGCGGCGUGCUGUGCGGCCACGCGGCCGCGGUAACGGCGCUGGCGUUUGCGGGCGGUACUCGGCUUCUGGUCAGCGCCUCGCUUGACAGCACGGCCCGUCUGUGGGCGUGCAAGACCCUCACCUGCCUUCGCGUUCUGCACGCCCAUUCGCGAUAUCUCACGUGCAUCGCAGUGCCGCCUGACUUUCGGUACCUUAUUACAGGGUCCAACGACCGCACGGUGCGCACCUGGUCGCUGGGCACGCUCGACCUCGACGAUGAAGUGGCCCCACCCUGCGCGCUGCUCUCACACUUCGGCCUCGGUGAUCUGAAGGGUAUUGAACCGAUGCUAGACGAGGAGCUGGCCGAAGACUGCAGUGCGGAGGAAUGCGCGAGGUCCGGGGUGGAGGGCGCUCCUCCGAAAAGGCUGUGGGUCUCGGAAAAGACACACGUUGGCGCAAUAAAUUCCAUUGUUACCUACAAAGACCUACUCGUCACCGCAUGCAGCGACGGCGGUGUAAGGGUGUUCCGCUGGAGCGCAAGACGCGGCGAGCUGGCUUGCGAGCGCACCUUACUUGCUCACCGAUUUCCGGCCGCGGCUGCUGACCUGACGGUCAUGGGCGACGCCGACAUACUGCUGCUCAGCGCAGGCCUCGACGGCCGUGCACUGCUCUGGGACCUCCAGUCUGGCUGCGAGCUGUGGUCAGUGUCAACGGGGAGCGCAGGGGGCGUGACUGGAGUGACAGGCGCCGGGGGUGGCGUGCGUGGCGCGCGGCUUUCUCCGCACCGGCCACCGCUCUUGCUGCUAGCGAUGGACGACGGAGCGCUCGCCGUUUGGACCACACAGCAAUCUCACACUGAACCUAUUCAGUAA